GACUGAAGGAGGAAGUGCAAGAGCAAGAGUGAGCGAAAGCAGAAGGGUUGGAAGAUGAAGGAGGCUGUAGUUGAUUUUUGCUAAGAGGCUCCAUCAAGGGGGACCUGUGUGAAGAGAAGAUGCACCUGCUUCUGCUCUUCCUUCUCAUCCUCUGGCUUUCAGCAGCUUUUCCGAGUGCCCAGUCCAUCCUGUCCACGUCAGCAAAACGUUCAGCUGCCAUCACGGGUCCAAAAGCAGUGAGAGGCCUGGAGCAGGGCUCGUUGACUGUGCAGUGUCGAUAUGGCCCUGGGUGGGAGACCCAUGUGAAGUGGUGGUGUCGAGGAGCUCACUGGGGCAGCUGCAAGUUCGUUGUUGAAACCACUGGAUCAGAGAAGGAGGUGAAGAAGGACCGUGUGUCCAUCAAGGACAAUCAGAAAAAUCGCUCGUUCACUGUGACCAUGGAGAAGCUCAGGCUGAACGAUGCAGACACUUACUGGUGUGGGAUUGAGAGAUUUGGAACUGACCUGGGCGUCCCAGUUAAAGUGACCGUUGACCCAGCACCAACUACAGUGCCGACCACCACCUCCACUACCACCACGUUCACAGCGCCAGUCACCACGGGAGACACCAGAGGCCACCCCUCCGACGGCAGCAGCAGUGUCUUCAUGAAUCUCAGCGUCCUCAUUCCCCUCGUCUUUGCUGUGUUGCUGUUUCUGUUGAUGGUGGCCUCACUUGUGGCUUGGAGAAUGAUGAAGCGACAAAAGAAAGCUGCUGAGAUAUCCGCAGAGCAGGUGCUUCAGCCCCUGGAGAGCGACAUCUGCUAUGCAAACUUGAGCCUUCAGCAGACUGGAAACUCCUCUGGCUCCUCCCGGAAGAAGGCCUCCAGGAGCUCCUCCUCUUCUGCUCAGGCCAACCAAGUGGAAGUGGAGUAUGUCACCAUGGCUCCCUUCCCCAGGGAGGACAUUGCGUAUGCAGCUCUGUCUUUGGACACCUCGGAUCAGGAGCCAACCUACAGCAACAUGGGGUACCUUAGCACCCACGUUCCCAGCAGUAGCCAUGAGGAGCCCACGGAAUACAGCACCAUCAGGAAGCCUUAGCCUGUGCUCCACAGGCCCCUCUCUGACUCUCCUUGAGGCCUGUGGGCACAUUCCUGUUUCGUCUGCUUUCUGCUUCCAGCCCCUCAUGGGACCAAUCAGUGACUGAGGCCUCUGCCUGAUGCAGCCAGCAUCAUGGCCAGCUUUGGUUUGGGCUCAGAACCUCAUCUCAGGGGGCUUCUGGGAGUUAGACAGGGGUCUUUCCACAUCCCUUUCUCUCCCACAGAGGAGGGGACUAGGGAUACACACUGGAACUGCUGAGGGGGUAAUCAUGAUGAUAAUGGUAAUAAUAGUAAUUAAUCUUUAUUUAUUGCUUACCAUGUAUGAUGGGCUGAAUAACGGUCCUCAAAGUUA